AUGCGCAACACAGGAAAUGUCAAAUUUAUUGUCGUCUCUUUUCUGCAUUCAUUCAACUUCAUUCGAUCAAAAAGAAAGAAACCGAUUGGAGGAUCUAGAAUGACUUCGACAUCGUUCAACGUGGGCCUCGGUGAUGGAUCGAGGUCGUCUAGCCGGGUGCUCCGCCCUCCCGGCGGUGGGCACACGGAUAUCUUCGGAGGGGAUCCUGAACCCCCUCGUGGGCGUCGCAUGGGGCCCCCUGCACCUGCUAGUCAAAUUCAAGGCCAAGGCGAUGAACCCGCGCAACCAACAAACGGUGACACACCCAGCCAGAAUGGCCAAGCGAGUGAAACUCCUAUGUCAAUUACACCAAAAACACCACCAGAACCUACCCCCCAACCCCAACCAACCCCCGAGGCUCGAACCCCUGAAGAGAAAACCCCUGAACCCCCCGCUGCUACACCCAAAGCGGUCACCCCUACAGAGAAGAAUGAAGCACCAAAACGUGUGAGAGUACCCCCUGGAGGUUUCUCAUCGGGGCUUUGG